CGGGCUGGGAGUGGCACAUUCAUUAGCAGUGAGGAGCAGGAGAAGCAGUAUUAAAGUUUCACCCGGUGGCUGAGAAACAAACAAAAAACAGGGAAAUGGCCGGGGUUAAUACAUGCAUCAAGUAUUCCAUGUUCUUCUUCAACUUUUUAUUCUGGCUGUGUGGUUCGGUUAUACUUGGAAUUUCAAUAUGGAUGCGUGUGAGCAAAGAUGCAAAGGAGACUAUUGGAGUAAAUAUUGCAGAGUUUUACCCUGCAAUAAAUCUUCUGCUUGCUGUUGGGUCUAUCAUUAUGGUGCUUGGAUUUCUUGGUUGCUGUGGAGCUAUUAAAGAGAGCAAGUGCAUGUUACUCUUGUUCUUCAUUGGACUGCUCCUAAUUCUGGUUCUUCAAAUAACUGCAGGUAUUCUAGGUGCUGUUUAUUCAUCACAGGUUGCAUCAAUGAUAAAGGAUAAAUAUCAGGACUAUGUUCCAUUAAGUGGUCAACCAGAUAAGAUUAGAAAAGAGAUAGAAGUUAUGCAGCAGGAGCUAAAGUGUUGCGGUCUUUUCGAUGGCUAUAAGGACUGGAAACAUCCUGUUCCAUCAUCCUGCGACUGUAAAACUGAUCAGUCUGAUCCGACGCUAUGUGUGACAAUAGAAGUUGACAAAUCCGUUUGGAGUCAGUCCUGUGUCUCGGCCUUGGUUGACCUUUUGAAGGCAAAUCUUGUUAUCAUCAUUGGCAUUGCCUUUGGGCUGGCAGUCAUUGAGAUUUUUGGGUUGGCUUUCUCUAUGACCCUGUACUGCCAAAUCAAGAACAAGUGAGGAAGAGGAUUUUCUCCAGUCAGUGCACUGAUUCACUAGAAACACUUGAUCUUUGGCAUAUAAAUCAUUCCUGUGCUUAAUGUGUAGUUUUUAAAUUCAGAUUAAUUUGAUUCAAAUCUUGAAUGUAACUCAGCCAUUAGUGCUUCUCAAUGUAUCCUGUUGGUUUACUGCAAGUGCAUGUGCAGGUGGAUCCUGCUGUUUUGUAAAGUGGUGUUGCAGUUCAGUAUUGGGUUAUUCACUUUGACAAACUUGCAUGCUGACCAAAUGUGAAGAGAUUUUCUCGGGUCAGGAUUUUCAUCUGUCAUCAAGGCUUUGAAAACUCAAUUUUCUCUGCAGUGUUGAAUUCUCCCACAGCAAUGAUGUUGUCCUAAGUGAAAAAAAGAUUUACCAGAGAGGCCAUGAACUGGUUUUGAUCAAAAGAUGGGGACUGUUGCACUGAGGAUUGGGGGGUUGGAAUCGGUCUGUGCCAGAUGUGUGAAAUAGACCCCUAACAGUUUGGCAGCCUGUCUUGCAUGGAAAAUAAAAUAAAAUAAAAUGGGGUGUGAAGCAGGCUGUAAAUUAAUUGUUUUGCAUUAAUGACACAACACAAUUAAAUCCUCACUGAUUCUAGAGAACCAGGCUGUGCUUCAGUUCAUUGAUGUAUAGAGCUGAAUAAAUAGUGACCUGAAUUUUGUGGUAAGAACGACUCAUUGCUCACUAUUAAGUAAGUUGGACAGCAGCUUCCAGGGCCCUCAAACGUGCAGUUUGAAUACAGAAAUCGGAAAGCUGCUGCCUGAGUUGCCUUGCUUCUUCACAAGCUUUGCUAUAAAGAGUAUCUCACUGAGAGACUCAGUAUUCACAUACACAAAGGGUGUGAAAUUAUGGUUCUGACCCACUAAGUAUGCCAGAAAAGUUAACUUGUACGUUCAAGUGGAAGUGAAUUUUUAAUGGCUCAGUUAAGUAUAAAUUACUGCCAGACAACCCCUCUGGCACUGAAAAUUUACUUCAGGAAAAGGAGGCUCAUUGCUUCAGAUUUACUUUAUUUAAUAUUUUCAGCAGAAUUUCUUUCAAAACUUUGUUCAAAACAAAAUUUCUACUUGCAUUCAGUUGACAGGGAUAAAUUUGCUAUUUAGGGUCACCAGAGAGUGCAAAUAGCGGCUGAGCCAUUUUUGAUCUCAAAAUAGAAAACAGACCCCCACUUGAUGAUAAACCACAGACAGUCACAACUGAAUUUGUAUUGUUGGGAGUAUUUUUUCAUAGUUUUAACGUUUUAUUGGACAAGCUUUAAAUGGAAACAACCAUGUUUUGCAAAAGUGGAGUAUUUUCGGAAAGGUGCCUACUUUGUAAUCGUUUUUGAGACUAAGUAGAAAGGAAAAGUUUUUUUCCAAGCUUUUUGUGGCAUUUCUAUGGCUGUUGCCUGUGGAUGUGAUGUGAUAAUAAACGAGCCAAAGUUUAAA